UAUAUUUGAGUCAGUAUAUAUCAAAAUAUUAAAAGCUGUGAAUCAUGCAAUUUUAUAAACAUUUCAUAAAUAAUAUCUCAUAAUUCAUAAUUCAGUUCAGCAGUUAACGACUUUAUGUUUUUAUUUAACUGUGCUUUCAUAGACUCUAGUAUACAACUGAUAAAGUGACACGAAAAGCUAUUGCCUGCAUUUUUAAAGUAUUCAGUUUGUUGUAUUUCGUUAUUGGACUAUAAGAACAGAAGGUGCAAACCAUUCACAUUUUUCAACACCACUGCAUUAAUAUGCAACCUAAAAUAAUAGUAAUUGGAGCAGGCGCAGCUGGUAUAGCAGCUGCCACAAAAUUGAUAUCAAAGGGAUUUACAGAGGUAACAGUACUAGAAGCUGAAAAUAGAAUUGGAGGAAGGAUAUAUUCUCCUCACUUGGGAGGUAAUGUGGUGGAUCUGGGGGCACAAUGGGUCCAUGGAGAAAAGGGAAAUAUAGUUUAUCAAAUGGUAAAAGACCUAAAUCUUACAGAUUAUACCAAGAAAUCAGCCAAUUAUGAAAGUGGCCUAAAUUUCUUAAUUUCCAAUAACUCAGCUAUUAACCAAAACUUAGCUUCUGAGUUAAAUAAAACAGCUUUAAGUGUGCUUGAUAACAUAGAUGCUGAAGAGGGUUAUAAUUCUGUUGAGGAAUAUUUUAAAAUAAAGUUUUAUGAAAUUAUCAAAUCCAAAUUUGGUAAUAGUGAUGAGGUUUUAAAAACAGCAAAAAUGAUAGAGGAGUGGGCUGAAAAGUUUCUUUUAUGCUUAGAUCCUGCAGAAUCCUGGGAGCAACUAUCGGCUAAAUCUGAAUAUAAAAAAUGUGAAGGGCAUCAUCUAAUACAUUGGAAAAAUACAGGAUUUGCCACUUUUAUUGAUGUUUUAAUUAAAACAAACGCUAACAUUUCCAAAGACAACUUUAUUAAACAGCAUGUUUUACUAAAUAAACAAGUUAAUAAAAUAAACUGGACCAAUUGCAAAGCAAAGGUGUAUUGUACAGACGGAUCCACCUAUUCGGCUGACCAUGUAAUAUUGACAGUUUCAGUAGCUGUCCUAAGAAAUACAUAUAAAACACUUUUUGAACCCCCUCUUCCUACAUACAAAGUAAAUUGUGUAGAAAAUAUACCUUUAGGAACAAGCCAUAAAAUUAUUAUGAAGUUUGAGACAAAAUGGUGGCCCGAUGGUGUCAAGGACUUUAGUUUCUUGUGGACUGAAGAAGAUAAAAGAGUGAUAUUGGAGGAGUUUCCUGAGGGACCUACUUUAAAUAACAGGUCUUGGCUUGAAUACCUAUUUGGAUUUUAUACCGUGGAAUUUAAUCCAACAAUUCUUUUGGGUUGGUAUGUGGGGCCAAUGACGAAAGAAGUAGAAGCCUUACCUGACGAAAUUGUUCAGAGAGGAUCACUAUUUUUACUCAAAAAGUUUGUUGGCCACUUGUAUGAUGUUCCUGAACCUGCAGAUUUUACUAGAUCAAAAUGGGGUAUCAAUCCAAACUUUCUCGGUACUUACUCCUACAGUAGCACUAAUAUGCAUAAAUCUGGUGCCACACACGAAGACCUAGCUAAACCCUUAUUGGUGGGAGAUAAAGAAGUCGUUCUUUUUGCUGGCGAGGCCACUCAUUUUAGUUACUUUUCAACGGUACAUGGUGCUGUGGAAACAGGCUUGAGAGAAGCUGAGAGAAUUUAUGAUAUGUACAACAAUAUUGCCUAUCAUCAGACGGUGAUAAUUGGCGCAGGCCUAGCAGGACUAGGAGCAGCAAAGCAAUUAGCAGAAAAUGGCAUUACUGAUUUUAAGAUUUUCGAAGCCAUGGAUAAGGCUGGUGGGAGGAUUGAAACUAUUUUUAUAAAUGAUAAGGCAUUGGAUCUUGGAGCGCAAUGGAUGCAUGGAAAAGAUAAUCCUCUCUAUAGAUUUGCAUUAGAGAAUAGUUUAUUAUCUGAUAUAGUAUCGGAAGAAGGUAUAGGUCAAUACAUUAGAAGUAAUGGUGAGCUUGUCGAUUCAUUAACUGUUGACCUUAUUGCAUUUGAAAUAGGGAAAAUUCUUACGGAUUGUGAAAAACUUGUCAGUUCUGACAAUCCGCCUCCAUCACUUCAAGUAUUUUUGGACGAAAAUUUUCAAAAAUAUCUUGACGAACAAGAUUUAACGAAGGAGCAAACAGAGAUAUACUGGGAGUUAUAUGACUGGCAUAUUCGAUUUCAAGUAAUUGAUAAUUCCUGUAGAGACCUAACAAGAUUAAGCGCCAAAAGUUGGGGUGAAUAUAGCUGCCCAGAUGAUGAAGCGCAUUCUAAUCUCAAGAAUGGUUAUCAAUCACUUGUUGAUGCUAUAGUUGAUACUCUUCCUGAUAAUUGUAUUCAAUACAAUUGUGAAAUUAUCACUAUUAAAGUAAAAGAUAACAAACAAAUACAGCUUGAAGUUAAGAAUGUUGGACCAGUUAUUUGUGACCAUUUAAUCUUAACUCCAUCUUUAGGGGUUUUAAAGCAGUUUAAGGGAUUAUCUGAAGUUUUAUCUGAUAGUGUUAUGACAAACAUCCAAAAAAUGGGUUUUGCUGCAAUUGCCAAAGUAUUUUUAUUUUACGAUGAAAAGUGGUGGGGAGACUCUGGUGGGUUUCAACUACUUUGGAAUAAAGAUUUCAAAUUUGGUGAGAGAGAAUCAUGGCUACGAACAAUUACCGGAUUCGACGAAGUGUUUAAUCAUGAAUUGGCCCUAAUGACUUGGGUUGGUGGAGAUGCCGUGCAGGAAGUUGAGAACUUAGAUGAAAAGGAUAUUGCCAGGCAUUGCACGGAGCUUUUACGAAAGUUUCUAGUAAACUAUUCUAUACCUAUGCCAAAAAAAGUAAUUAGGACGCGGUGGCACUCAAACCCGUUCGUUAAAGGGAGUUACUGUCACAUAACUCCCGAGUGUGAUGCUCGAGAUUCCGGAAUACGAGCACUGGGAAAGCCCCUGUUUAUCGACUGCGUUCCCCGGAUUAUUUUGGCCGGCGAGGCCGUCCAUCCAUCGCAUUAUUCUACAACCCAUGGGGCUUACGAAUCGGGUCUGGAUCAGGCUCAAGUUAUUUGUGAUUAUGUUCGUAAGUCCAAGUGAGUUAAUGUAACAAUGUUGUUUAAUGAUAUUGGUGGAAUAAACUUUAAUUUUCUACGUUUAAGAGGUAUUUAUAUUUGAUGAUAAAAAAGUUUUUUUGAAAUAAAUAUAAAUGGGUAUUAU